UGAAAGAGUAAUACCCGACAACGGUAUUUGUUAGGACUUAUUCUUCUUGCUUGGGGGCUUUCUCAUUCAUUAUGGCUUUCAGUUCCAGAAAGCGAACGUCAACUGACGACUUUGUCGAUGACGGGGAUAACACAAAGAGGAUGAAGACUGAGAUGACAGAAAAUAAUGCUGCCCCUGAUUCUCCCAAAAUUGAUUCUAACGGGGACCCGUACUGGGAAAUAUCCAAAAUGCGUCGCGUCACCAUAUCCACAUUUCGAGGGAAAACGAUGGUCAACAUUAGAGAAUACUAUGAAAAAGAUGGCCAAGAGUUCCCAGGAAAGAAGGGCAUCUCCAUGCCGAUGGACCAAUAUGCAGCAUUCGUCGAUUUACUUCCAGGUAUUGAAGCUUUGCUCAGGGAGAAUGGGCAGUCAGUUCCACGCCCGAACUAUGACAAUACAGCUGGUCAGUCUAAUGGAUGUGACGAUGGGGAUCAGGGCGAACCUGGUGGUAACCCUGAGAAGAACAAUAAGGCUACAAGCGACGAAGAGGAAGAGGAAUGAAUUCUGUACUAUAAAACUGCAAGGAGCUAGCUACACUGCCUUUUCUCUUGGUCCUUGCAGGGCUUCUCUCUGCGGUUAAUAUUAUAAUACAUAAUUCAUAAGUCUGCCAG